AUGGGCAAGUUCUAUGGCCUCAAGGGCACUAAGCUCAACAUUGCUAUUGCUGUGAUAGCAGGCACAGAUUUCGCGCUCUUUGGUUAUGAUCAGGGUGUAAUGGGCGGUUUGCUCACGCUGGGCUCUUUCAUCAAACACUUCCCCGAAAUCGACAGCAACAACCCACCCCCAGGAAGCUCGAAAAGCCAUGCCGCGACUAUCCAAGCCAUCACAGUCGGUGCCUACACACUGGGCUGCUUCUUCGGCGCCGUAGCAACCAUCUGGCUCGGUAAUAUGCUCGGGCGCAAGAAGACCAUCUUCAUCGGCAGCGCUAUCAUGAUAGUCGGAGCCAUCCUCCAAACAGCAUCGUACGGACUCGCACAGCUCAUCAUCGGACGAUGGAUUACCGGUUUUGGCAACGGCAUGAACACAAGCACAGUCCCAACAUGGCAGUCCGAGACAUCGAAACCGCAUCGCAGAGGGCAGAUGGUCAUGAUUGAAGGCUCAAUGAUUGUCUUCGGCGUCAUGCUUAGUUACUGGCUCGAUCUCGGCUUCUCCUUCCUCGAACCCAGCAGCAUCGCCUGGCGCUUCCCUAUCGCUUUCCAAAUCAUCCUGGCCCUGUUCAUUCUCGUUAUGAUUCCUGGUCUUCCCGAAAGUCCGCGUUGGUUGGUACUGAAGGGUCGCGAGGAAGAGGCUUUGGAAGUUUUGGCUGCGUUGAGCGACCUUCCUAUGGACGACAAGAAGGUCGAAGCCGAGUUCCAGGCUGUCAAGGAUGUUACUGAGGAGAUGUCGCGUGGUGGCUUCCGCGAUUGUUUCAAGAGGAACAAAAACCGCAACUUCCACCGCACUGUGUUGGGCUAUGUCAACCAGAUGUUCCAACAGAUCUCUGGUAUCAACCUGGUAACAUACUACGCCGCAACCAUCUUCGAAAACUCCAUCGGUCUCUCGCCCUUCCUCAGUCGCCUUCUAUCCGCCUGCAACGGCACCGAAUACUGGAUGGCUAGUUGGAUCGCCAUCUUCACAAUCGAGAAGUUUGGACGCCGCUCUUUGAUGAUGUUCGGUGCGGCUGGCAUGUCCAUGUCCAUGGCCGUGCUAGCAGGCGCAACCAGCAACAUUGGCAACACAAGCCUGGGUCUCCUCGCCACCGUCUUCCUCUUCGUAUUCAACUCCUUCUUCGCCAUCGGCUGGCUAGGCAUGACAUGGCUGUAUCCCGCAGAAAUUACACCACUAUCCAUCCGCGCGCCCGCCAACGCCAUCUCCACCACAGCGAACUGGAUCUUCAACUUCCUCGUCGUAAUGAUUACGCCCCCUGCCUUCGCAAACAUUGGCUACCAGACCUACAUUAUCUUCGCCGUUAUCAACGCUGCAAUGGUACCCUCGGUAUAUUUCUUCUUUCCAGAGACUGCAUACCGGUCUCUCGAGGAAAUGGACGAGAUAUUUCACGCGGCAAGCGGUCCGUUUGAUGUCGUUGGUAUUGCGCAUAACUUGCCGCAUCGCUAUGGCAAGAAGGGCGAGCUGCUUGUGGACUACGCGGAUACGGAGCAGGCGCAUGAGGCGGAGAGGAGGAGGAGCUCGGUUGUCGCUACGCAAUCGAAUGGAGGUGUGCUGGCAAAGGACAAUGAGAAGGAGCUUAGGGAGCAUGUUGAUAAUGCGGGGAAGUAG